AUGGCUAUACAGCUUGUUCUUGCUACUGUUCUGUUUAUUCUUUAUCUGAUUUUCAUGCUCUUAACUCCGGUUAUUGUGGCUUCUGGGAAAGUCAUUGUUUCUAGUAAUAAUACACGUAGAGUACUAGUUAAUGGUACCAAUGUAAAUGUCACUGACUUGGCAGUGCGGGCUGUGCAUGAAGUUAUGGGAAGUGACAUUUCUGAGAAACAGGCGGUGGCAAGUUGGGACAAAUGUAAUGAUUGCCCACUGAAUAAUUACUCAGUCAUGUUUGACAUAAAACGAAAGCAUGAAAUGCUGAUUUCCAUGAACAAUAAUAAAACUGAACUUGUUCCCAGGGCUGAACCAGUAAAACCUCUCCAAAUGACUCAUGAACAGGAACAAAUGUUUUGGGACCAUGAAAAGGGACUAAAGGGAAAUGGUGGCAGCCCCCGCAAACCGCCCCUGGGCAUGAUCAUUUUGAUCCUGAUGCUCUCCUUGGGGGUUCUGCUUUACAUGGGAGUUUUAUUUGCUUGCAUGUGUGGUGAAGAGAGGGAUGAAGCAGGUUACUUCCACACAUUCCAAAUGGCCUUAGGGAAUAUAAAUAUGUUAAAAACAAAUUUCACUGUGACAGAAUUUGUAUUCCUGGGACUCUCUUCUCAGCCAAAUAUUCAGCUCAUACUCUUCAUUAUGUUCUUAUUCUUCUAUUUAUUAACUGUGACUGGGAAUAUUAUCAUCAUCACUCUUAUCCAGAUAGAGCCUCAUCUCCAAACCCCCAUGUACUUCUUCCUCACCAAUUUAUCCUUUCUGGACAUCUGCUACACAUCCACUAAUGUCCCACAAAUGCUGUCCAAUAUGAUAGGGAAGAAGAAGACCAUCCCGUUCUCUGGAUGUGCUACUCAAAUGUACUUUUCCCUUUCCUUUGGAAUGAUUGAAUGUGUUCUCCUUGGUGUCAUGACUUAUGACAGAUACGUAGCCAUUUGCCAUCCUCUUCAUUAUACUGUCAUUAUGAACCGAAGCACCUGUGUCCAACUAGCAGCCAUUUCUUGGUCUAGCAGUUUCCUGAGUUCCAUGGUUAUCAAUGUCUUCAUUUUGAGUCUGCCUUACUGUGGGCCCAAUAUCCUCAAUCACUUUUUUUGUGAGGUACCUUCUGUGCUUCGAUUGGCUUGCACUGACACUUCACUUACUGAGCUAGUUGUUUUUGUCUUUAGUAUCAUCAUUGUCUUCAUUCCUUUUCUCCUCAUUGUUGUUUCAUAUGUCAGAAUCCUUCAAUCGGUGCUCAGAAUACAGUCAGCUUCUGGGAGGCACAAGGCACUGUCCACUUGUGCUUCCCAUCUGACAGUGGUGGCCUUACUCUAUGGAACUGCCAUCUUCAUGUACAUGAGACCUCAGUCAAAAUCCUCCCGUGCAGGGGGCAAGAUCAUCGCAGUGUUUUACACUGUGAUCACACCCAUGCUCAAUCCCUUGAUCUACAGCUUAAGGAACAAAGAUGUAAAAAAUGCUUUCAGAAGAGCUAUUGCAAAACAGAGGACUUGA